UUAUUAUGUGUCAUGUCACAACGCACUAAAGUUAUUAAUUUGUACAAAACGCUGUUGUACAUGGGUCAAGAUUAUCCAAAAGGAUAUGAAUACUUCAAAACCAAGCUUAAGAGAGCUUUUGAUAAGAACAAAACGGAAACUGAUCCUGAUAAGAUAGAAAAGAUGAUAAACCACGAAUCUCCUAAAAUGGCCGCUUGCGUAGCAGUUAUUGGUAAAGAUAACUCCCCAAAAUUUAUUAAAAUAUAUCAAUGCACGGACGAAGCUGCUGGAUUGCAGUUUCAUUACAAAGUACACACGUCGAUUGACAUUAUAGAGGAAAAGCUGAACGUAGGCAAUAAAACAACGGUUGAUAUACGCGACUUAUAUCUAGGCUUAUUAUUUGCAACUGAAGAAUAUAAAAUAUAUGGUUAUGCUACAAACACAAAAAUCAAAUUUGUCAUAGUAUUACAAUCAUCCAAUGUAUCAUUGAGGGAUAACGAAAUAAAGACGAUUUUCAAGAAGUUACACGCUGCAUAUUCCAAUGCUGUUUGCAAUCCAUUUUACAUUCCAGGUGAUGAGAUAAAGUCUAAGUCAUUUGAUGCAUCGGUGCUGGAAAUAAUGAGUGUUAUAUAAUAUUUUAGAGAUAUUUAAAAAUACUUUACUGUUAUAAAUAGCAAAAAAUUUACAUUACACGAAAACUUUAUGUAAUCGAUAAUAAAUAUAUAUACAUAAAAGAUUGUAA